AUGAUGACGAUGGAUGACUUCCCCUUUGGCGUGGAGUGGAACAUCGCGAUGUCGGAUUUGUCGUACCUGCAGACUCGGUUCGAUGCGGCUGGGCUGGAGGGGCUGGAUGCCAUCGCAUCUGAUAGGUCGAGGCAGGCACAGGAGAAGGAGCUGGAGCAAGAGCAGAACGGCGAGACCGGUAUGUCCAUAUCGCCACCCAUGACGCCGGAAAGCCAUAGGACUGGAUCUUGGGAGCCGUCGAGUGAUGAGAACAGCGAAAUGGAAAGACCGCACCUCGCGGCGGACGAGGAGAGUUUGAAGGCAGGGAGAACAUCCUGGACAUCAAAGACGCCUUGCUUCGGUAGCUUCAGUGUUGGAAAUGGCAGCGAUGUUGUCGGUUUAUCCAUCUCGCCAGUGGCGCGGAACGCUAUUGUCGGUAUGAUCCUCGACAACACAUCCCGUGCAAACGCUGGACCUGUUCUGGCUGCUUUCCCGUCGGUGGAGGCGCUCGAUGCGCUUUUGGAGGUGUAUGCUCGCGACUGCUGGGGGAGAGCAUCAUCAGUACAUUGUUCCUCGGCGGCGACAGCGAAGUACGGGAUCAUCGACGUGGUACACUUCCCUACACUACGUCUUGAUCAGCAGAGACCGGAAUUGUUGGGUGCGUUGAUUGCCGUUGGCGCCAUCAGGACUGGUUCGGUUGUGGCAAGGAGUUUCGGUUACGCAAUGCAGGAUGUCUGGGAGAAAAACAACGCGAACCUCUGCGACAUCAGUCUAUCCCAGGCCUUCUUCCUGCAGCAGCACGUCGCCUUCUUCAGUGGUGAUCAGCGCAAGGUUGCAUUCGCGGAAGCCUGUUCUGGAUGUAUGCAGGUGAUGAUGAAGAACGGAGGGCAUACCCAAGGGGCUAUGGAGACUGAUCAGGCCCUCUUUCAACUCCAGAAUCUUUGUGAUCUGGAUGAAGGGGCUCUUGAGGAUGUCUGGCGGAGGUGGUCUGUCCGUGAAGGAAGAAGGAGGUUGGUGUAUGCUACGUACAUCAUGGAUAGCCAUGUCGGGAUAGUGCAUGGGAUUAGGGGGAUGGCGAGAUACGGAGACAUGAGGCUUUCGCUCCCUGCGCCGGAAGGGUUGUGGAGGGCUGAGUCGGCGGCGAAGUGGAGGGAGGAGAUGGUACGGUUGAUGCCGGGGGCAACGAGACCUCCUUCCUCUUCUUCUGUCUCCUCCUCGCCAUCGCCGUCACUGUCUUUGAAGGACUUGAUGGGUGAUCCGACGCUGGUCGCUAGAUCCCAUAACCACAGUAAGGUGGACAAGACUUUCGCCACUCUAGGUUUCUAUGCUGGUCUCUGGGUGCUUGUCGAAGAAUGUCGCCAGCUGAAGGCUAUCAGCGGCCACGGAAAAUGGAGCGACAUGAUUUUAUCCUCGCGGCGGAUGGAGCUGGGUUCGAUUCUCAAACUGUUUCAUUCUUCUUUACGAGCGACGGGGUGGGCGGUGCUUCCUGGUGCGGAGAUGAUGUAUGAAGUUCUUCAUAUGUAUAUCUCGACGUCGCUCGACGGGGAUGAGUUUCGUGGUACUAGUUUAUCACUCCCACUGUCGCAACAUUUUCACGGCAAGGGAUUGAUGAAUGGAGUUGAGGAAAGCCCGGAGGACCAGAGCGCGGUUUGGAGAGCGGGUAAGGUUCUUCGUACGGCGAGGCAGCUUGAGCCUGGAACGUUGAGUGGGGUCUAUUGCGUUGCUCUUCGGGAUGCUACUGUUCUCCUUUGGCGAGCGGGGAGGAAUAUUUCUUUGCGGGAGAAAGCAGCGAUAGAGCAGUAUCGUCCGGUGCCGAGAUGUGGUAUUGGCGCGGCUGCUGUGUUGGUGCUGGACGGAGAGGAGGAUGUGCCAGAGUAUCAGGUUUUGAACAGGAACGUUCGCCUUGUGCUGCGUGGUACCGGAACGGAAGAGGAUAAUGUGGCGCUCGAGGACAUUGCGGGUGUGAUGAGGCUAUCGCGGAGGAUUAUUGAGGGAAAUUGGAAAGGCUUGAGAAUGCCGGGCGGUGUUGAGGAGACUACCGUGGGUGGGACACCGAUCGGCUUCACUCCACCAGCCGAUUCUGAGUCCAAGAUUUUGCCUUAUGAACGAUGGAGGCUUCCGCCUCGAAAGGCCAUCCACCCGACAGAAAAGAGCGAGAGGCUUCAGAUUGGCAUCAUUGGAGCGGGAAUUGGAGGGUUGAUGGCCGCCAUCACCCUACUGGAGAGUGGCCACGAUGUCGAGUUCAAGAGCGAAGUAGGGGCAGCAAUCUCGACACCUCCCAACUCCACGAGAGUGCUCGACUACUACGGGUUCGACUUCGAGCGGGCCAGGGCCACCACCGCGGAGAAAUACAUCUACUACGACGACCCCAACAACAUUGACAAAACGCGAAUGAUAACAUGCACGGAUUACACACCCAGAUACGGCGCCCCCUGGCUGUUCUUUCACCGCGUUGACCUCCAUAACGAGCUCAAGCUUUUAGCCACGGAGCCGACACCGACGAGGAAGAGCGUUGCUCGCUUGCACCUUGGCGUCAAGGUGUCUGAUAUCGACACCGACGGCACCAUUCACUUUGAAGAUGGCACGAGUGUACAAAAGGACAUACUCAUCGCGGCCGACGGCAUACGAUCUUCCUUCAUCUCAAAGGUCGUGGACAACGCCCCGCAAGCACAGCACUACAUGUCGAUGCUCCGAUUGAUGGCUCCAGUAGAGGACCUCCGUGACGACCCGGAUGUCGUAGCUCUUUUUAAAGAUGGCUUAACUUCGAUUCGCAUCAGCUAUGGGACCAUGCGAAGUGCCAUUAUCUACGGAUGUCGAGGAGGCUCGCUUCAAAACAUCGGCUUGCUGUACCAUCCUGACCUUGCCAUUGAUUCAGAAGGCAACGACAUUUCGGCGAGAGAAGACUUUGUCUACAAAGUCGUCGAAGAGUAUCCGAAGCCUGUACAAUCCGUCUGCAUCAAUGCGAGAGGCGUCGGACAAUGGAAGGUCUUCACCCGAAAGCCGCUCGACAGGCUCGUCCGGGGCCGAGUGGUCCUCAUAGGAGACGCCGCACAUCCCAUGCCCCCAGUGCGCGCUCAGGGCGCAGCCAUGGCGAUCGAAGACGCUGGAGCGCUAGGCGUGCUUCUCUCAAACGUGACAUCGAAAGACGACAUCUCAACCCGACUGCACAUGUUCAACCAGCUGCGGGUAAAGCGCGUCGCCGCAACGCAGACCGCGUCUUCGAUGCAUCAGUGGGACCCAACUCGUGUUUCCGAGGAGCAGAGACAGUACUUUGACGGCAACGUCCCACAGACUAUUGAGGACAUUGAAAUAUUCAGUUACGAGAACAGUGUCAUUCGCGACGCAUUUGACCUCUUGGAAAGGGCUUGA